UGGAAAAUGGCCGCCGUCGAAUAGAGAAAUAUUUUCCUUGUUGAAAAAAUAAAAAGUUAAAUAAAAAUUUAAUCAGAUUUUAAAUGAAAACAUUAAACGAGUUGCUAUAGUUUUGAAACGUAAGAUCAUAUGUGUGACUUUCUUAAAAUAUAUUUGUUGAUAUUAAUAGUUCGCUACCGUGCAUUUAUGAUAAAUAAUAAUUAUAUUAAUGAUAAAAAACUUAAAUUGUGAUUGUUAAUAUAAAUUUUAUGCAACACAUGCAGCCGGUUUUGUCAAAGAUUUUACGAACAUUUUAAGAAACAAAGAAUAACUUUUUUUGGAAUCGGAUAUACUUUAAAUAAUGAUUUCCAUAGCUUUGUGUCAAAGUGAUAUAACAGGACUAAUACGAAAUAAUAGAUUUAUUUGUAAAAAAUAUAUUCGGUGCGGAAUCGGUUAAAUUAAAAAAAAAUGAAAAGUCGCGUAAAGUACUUAUAGUUUGGAGUAUAAAGUUAAAAAUUGUUUUCCUAUUUUAUAUGAUAAUCAUUUUAUAAAAAUUAAAAAUAAAAAAAUAAAUAAAAAUAUAAUUGGAAUAUGUCAUAAUAUGCGGGUUCGAAACGAUAAUUGUUUAAUAAAAAUAUAAUAAGAAUUAAAUGAAAUAUUUAACAAAGUAUUGAUACCUAUGUGGAAGUGUUUUAAUAAAAUAUUCAUAGUUUUAUUCAAUUUAACUAAAAUAAUUUAUAUUUUGUAAUGUGUUUUACAGCUUUUUUAAUACGCGUAAAAAGUUUAUUUCUAAUAUAAAUUGAAAAAUAAAUAUAAAAAAUCGCAAAGAGUCUUGUAUAAAUUCGUAUAAAUCGUGCAAUAAGUUCGAAACAUGUCUUCGUCGCGUCGUCGUGGCGGUAUGGAUAUGAAUCCAAAGUUACACAUGGACCGCCAGCCCACAGUAACACGUAUAACAGAUCCAUCAUUACCAGCUGGUAAACGUCGGGAAAUUGAUAACGUUAUGAAGAAGGCAAGAGCCAACACCAACGAUUAUUGGGAUAAGAAACUCUUAGAAGUCGAGGAAAAGGAUCCCAAUCGUUGGCGUCAUACCGGUUAUAAGAAAAUGUAUAUACAAGGCGAGAGUAGUUCCGGGGAAAGUGAUCGUGAAACAGAUGUCGCGGUUAUGGGUAGUGCAGCUGGUGGAAGUAGCGGAAGCGGUUACCGUUACAAUUCUACUGGUGGCCCACCAAUAUCUGGUGGACGCUACGGUCGCUCGCGAUCUCCACGUUCUCGAAGUCACUCGCGUUUACGUAAAACUCCGCCACUGUCACCACCUACACGCCGUCGUUCGCCGCCACCAACCUCGCGUGAUAUGGUUAAUCGUAUAAGUCGUGUUCGCAAUUCACCACCGUCGUCGGUUGAAGGUCAAACUCGUGGAGGUCGUCCUCGUUCACCUCCGCUACGUGGCGGACCACCGCGCUCUCCAUCGGAUAUGGGUGGUCGCAGAACAGGGGGUGUUGGAAGACCUCGAUCACCACCUGAACCGCCAAUACGUCGUAAACCAUCGCGUUCGCCAAUUGAAAGACGUCGCAGUUCGCCCUCAAGUUUAAAUAUGGGUCGCCGUCGUACCCCUCCACCAUCUAAUAUAAGUGGGAUAUCUUCGAAACAAAGAGGAUUGAUAUUACCACGAUCUAAAAGACCACCCUCACCUCCACCAAGAAAUUCGUGUCGAUCGCGUACAAAUAGUUCGGUUAGUAGUUGUUCGGAUGAUUCUUGUUCGGUUUGUUCGCCUAGCCAUCGUCAUAGAUCUCGUUCACUUUCUUUGCCACGCGUACGGGGCGGUCCUCGAUCUCCACCUCCAAAAUCGUCAUCAUCGCGUUCUAUGCAUUAUCAACGUGGUGCUGUAACAGCAUCUACGUCAUCUUCAGCGUCAUCAGCUGCUCGAAUUCCUGGGCGUCCUGUUUCUCCUUCACGUGGAUCAGCUAUGGAGAAAUAUCAUCGUAAUGAUAUUGUGCGACACAUUAGCCGUCAACGCAGCAUUGAUAACCAUUCUUCUGAUGGUCAAGUUAAAGUAACACGAUCCAGUCGUCAUUCACCUCCAGAAGAUCCACGGUUGAAAAAUAGACCGCCAGAGCCGCCAGAACCUACUACUUCAGCUGUUGUACCACUUAAAAAGAAGAAAAAGGAGAAAGAGCUUCGAACGCGUAUAAAAAUUGAAGGAGAAAAGCGCAAAAAACACUCCUCUUCAGAGUCGGACGAUUCAGGCGGAUCGGACAGUGAUGAAACCCCGUUACCUACAUUUACAGCUACUACGCGUCUAACUUUGUCGGAACGUUUCGGUAAAAUGGCACAAUGGUCUAUUGAUCGAAGCAAUAUGGAAAAUAUGCGUAUUACAAAAGAUUCCGCUGGAGGAGCUCUGAAAGUUAUGAUAGAAGAGGGCUUGGAAUCUCCGCCGCGUCGCUAUUCGUAUUCGCCAGCACCGGUUGGCCAUUUCCCUGAGGAAUUAGCAACAACAGCACCGUCGGGCAUGUUGUCUUGGGAUGACGUCCGCGUUCGUUACGAAUAUUAUAAAUCUCGUGGAUAUCUAAGGGACUUAGAUCUAAAGGACUAUAUCAAGUGGGAGGAAUGGUGGUAUAAGUACCAGGAAUGGCUAAAACAUGAACGAUAUUAUGAGUAUUGGGAACGACAACAAUUAGCUAGGCGUAGACGUAAAAAAUUACCCAUAACUCAAAGACUUAACUAAAUAUUUUAAAGUAAAGUAUUCUUCAUUUUUUCAAUAACAUAAUUUUUAUACAUAAUAUAAGUAAUUUAUCAUUCUCGCCUUUUGUGAAACCGUGUUGAUACUUUAUCGACAUAUUUUUCUUUUCAUUUUUACAUUUUGAAUGUAUGAAAUUUUUAUUACUAAGAUUUUUAUUUGUAUUCAAUUUCAAGAAAUUAUAAAAUCUUUGUUUUUUAUUUUUGAUUGAAAUAGUAUAGCUUCAUAUUUUUUCUAUAAUAUAAAAUGAAAAUUACAUCAAAAUAAGGUAAAGUAAAACCUCUUCAGUUUAUAAAGAUAUAUUAUUGUAAUUAUAAAAGUAAAUAAAUAAAUAAAUAUAUAAAGAGUAA